AACUACUAUCCGUAAUACUCGUCAGGGUUAGAGCGACUCGCGUGUGCUCGACUUUCAUGUUCAGCUGAGUAGCUUUUUUCAGGCCAUUGCCUGAGCGCCACAACUGGCAGAAGCAGGUGUAUAUUGGCACCCUUAAGGAUCGAGAGGCGCUGAUAUGGAGGUGGAGGAGCCGGGCGAGUCCUUCGCCUACUCCGAGGCAAACGGCCGCCCUCGUUACGUUCCGCCCUCGGAGUCCGGGCUGCCGGAUGACGACGCGUCCAUAGCCUUUUCCGAUGCGGGCCUCUCAGACAAGCCCCCCGCCAGCAAGCCGCGCAGCGCCGCGCCCUCGGUAAGCGGCAGCGUGCGGGCGGGAGGCAGCCGCAAGCCCUCCCAAACGGGCGGUGCCGCCGGUGGUGGUGGUGGAGGGCUGGCCUCAGAAAAGAACUUCAGCAUGGCGGAUGACGACGCGUCCAUUGCGUUCUCCGACGCGGGGCUGUCAGACAAGCCAGCCAGCGUCAAGCCGCGGGCGCCCUCCCAGCGCGCCACCUCCACCAGCGGCAGCGCCAAGGGCGGCCCCUCGGCGCCCGCCGCACCGGCCGCCGCCUCCAGCAUCGCCGGCGAUGAGUACGACCCCAGCGCCUCCAUUGCCUUCUCAGACGCGGGCCUGUCUGAGAAGGCCCCAGCAGCCAAGCGCGCGGCCUCGACCGCAAGCAGCCGCAAGCCCUCCGAAGCAGGCGGGGCGGCCGCGGCGGGCGUCGCAGCAAGCCGGCCCGCACGCAACAGCGGCGUGAGCGGCUCCAUCAGCGGUUUCACGGUGGACCACGAUGAGGGCGAUGACGACGACGACGGCGCCGCAUCAUCGUUCGCGGCACCGGCGGCGCCGCCCAGGCGCCGUUCCUCUGGCAUCUCCCUGGCAAGCAGCGCCAAGCCGACCCCGGCUGCUGCUGCGCCAAAGCCUAAGCCAAAGCCGGCGGAGAGCGGUAGUAUUGAUCUGGACGGCGACAUUGACCUGGCGGCAACAGUGUCGCUGUCGCAGAGCCAGCUCGGCGAUGACGCCGCCAGCGCCCGCUCCGGCGCCGCCGCCGCCGCCGCCGCCGCCGCCAAGCGGCGCAGCUCCGCCGCCAGCGGCCGCGGCGCACCGUCGGAGUCGGGCCUGUCCGUGCGCUCCAACCGCACCGCCGCGCCCGCCCCGGCGUCCGCCGCCGGCAAGUCCACCAGCAGUAUCGGCGGCGGCUACAGCGAGCCGGUGGGGUCCGACGGCGAGGGCUCCGACGCCGCCAGCGCCAAGCCCCGCCGCGUCGUCGCUGCGCCCGCCGCCGCCGCCGCCGCAGCUGCCGCCGCCGCUGGCUCCGACGACGACGACGGCGCCGAGCUGUCCGACGGCGACGUCAAGCGUGUGUCCAUGUCCAUGAGCGGCCGCGUGUCGCUGGUGGCAUCCGCCUCCCAGAGCUCAGUGGCCGCGCCGCGGCCGCGCUCGCGCGCCGGUGAGCGGCCGCCGUCCGCCUCCGGCAGCCGCCGCUCCGCCGCGCCCACCGCCUCGGGCGGCGGCUACAGCGAUGAUUUCGACGACGCGGCCACCAGCCGCAAGAGCAGCCGCGUCAGCCGGCCCGCCGCCUCUGCUGCCGCCGGCGAGAGCGGCAGCAUCUUCCAGGAGGACCACGUCCCGGAUGCGUCUGUGUCGUCCAUGUCCGCCUCCGCGGCGUCAAGGAAGGGCGGCAGCGGCGGGCCCGUGUUCAAGCGUGUGCCCGCCAACGCGCCCGACUCGCCCUCGGCGUCCGUGACCUCCUCGCCAGCAGCCGCACCCGCUGCCAAGCCGCGGCCAAGCUCCUCCCGGGCCUCCUCCCGCGCUGAGUCACAGCCGGCGGCGCCCGCCAGCGCCAGCGGCGCGGACUCGUUUGAGGGCGCGAUCCGCGUGCCGCCGCCAGGCGCGCCGCGGCCGGGUAGCGGGCGCCGCCAGCCGCCGCCAGUCGACGACUACGACGAGGCUGGCAGCAGCGGCGGCGGACGCAACGUGUUCUCGCGGCAGCGGCCGGCGUCGGCGGCGCCGCGCGACCGGCAGGGGUCGCAGGUGGAGGCGCUGAUCCGCAAGCACCCCGCCACGUGGGAUGCAUUGGAUGUGGCGAACUGGGUGGAUUUUAUCGGGCUGGGGCAGUACCGCAGGCGCUUCCUGCACCACUGUGUGGACGGCCGCAUGCUGCUGCGCAUCAAGGACGCACAGCUCAAGUCCGAGCUGAGCAUCGGGCCCAUGGGCCACCGUGCGGCCGUGCUAGAGGCGGCGGCGCAGCUGGUGCGCAACUACGAGGAAGCCGCGGCGGCGCGGGAGGCCGGCGGCGACGACGGUGAGGGCGGCCGGCACGAGUACGGCGCACGGGGCGGCUCGGCGCCUCGGCACCGGCCGGCCUCGGCGCUACCAGGCGGCGCGGGUGCGCUGACGGCGCCGCCACCGCCGCCGGGCGGGCCGCGGCGGCCGGCGUCUGCGUCGCGGUCGGUCAUCCCGCCUGACCCGUACCUGGGCCCGGCGCAGGGCAAGCAGACGGUGUAUGAGCAGCGCGCGCGGCUGCUGUUCGAGCUGGACAGGGCGCAGGCACGCGCCGAGCAGCAUCGCGCGCUGGCGGAGCAGCUCAAGCACACCGCCAACCUGUCCUCGGACGAGGUGGCGCACCUGCGCGGCCUGCUGGCCGACAUCGAGGCCAAGAACCGCACCGCCUUCGGCACCUCGGGCGCCGUGGACUCCUCCGCGCGCAUCCCCUGGCGUCACGUGGGGCCCGGCACGCGCCACAACAACUGGGCGUCGGAGCGCUUCGCGCGCCCCGGCGACCCCGAGACCGUGGACAUGACCUUCCAGCCGCGCAUCAGCAAGGAGAGCAAGAAGAUCAUGGGCGGCGGCGAGUACGGCGAGGGCUCCGGCGGCGCCAACAACUUCCUGGACCGGCUGAACAACGACCUGCGCAAGCGCCAGACCAACCGCAAGGAGCUGGAGCGGCGCUACUACAGCGAGGGCGCGGGGGCGGGCUCGCCGGCGCAGGCGGAGGCGGACUGGCAGGUGGUGGCGGAGGGGCUGCAGAGCCGCUGCCACGUGGCCUUGGACCGCGACGACCCGGCCGGCACCGAGGAGCUUAUCGACGAGGCGGUGGACAAGCUGUCCACGGGCGAGUCCUGGCGCGAGGCGGGCUGCCGCGCCGGGCCCAUCCGCGCCGCCAAGGGGCCGGGCAAGGUGGCGGCCAUGGCGCAGGCGCUGCGCUCGCUGGCGUUCAUGGAGCGAUACAAGAGCGACCUCAAGCAGAAGAACGGCAAGAUGAAGGCAUUGGAGACCAAGUGGCUGCACCAGACGCUGGGCGCUCAGUACCUACCUGGCGCCAAGGACAAGGAGGACCUGACGCAGGCGGUGGGCUUCUUCGCGCUGCUGGGCUGGCGAGGGCACGACGGCGGCCCCAGCGAGGAGGCGGUGACGGAGGACCUGUUGGACAGGCUACUGGACCGUGCCAUUGAGUACCGCAUCCGCUACGACGCCUGGUGGGACCGCGUGCGCGAGCGGCCCGAGGAGCGCGCGGCGGGCUUUGUGUGCGACGUGGACUGGCGCAACGAGCCGCGCUGGGCGGCGGACGGGCUUGGCAGCAUGAUGAGCCGCGAGAUGGACCGACACCAGCGCGGUGUGGACAACGACGCCUCGGGCCAGCCCGACGCGCCCGGCCAGAUGGACUUCGUUGACUUCACGGUGCAGCUGCUGGGCAAGUCGCGGCUGGACGACCUCAGGCGCCUGCGCGGCAGCAGUGCGGGGUCGGCCGAGGGCGGCGGGCUGAGCGAGCGCGGCAAGCGGCUCGCGGUGUACCGGGCCAUCCGCACGCAGAAAUUCAUCGAGUUCACCCAGAAGGACCUGGAGGAGCGCGAGCGCAAGCUGCGCCAGGCCUACACUGCCCUGGCGCCGCCCAAGCGCGUGCUGCAGUCCAGCCGCAUCGAAGGCUUCUUCGAGCGCCUGAUGGAGGACGCCAGCAAGCGCCGCGCCAAGGCUGACAAGCUGGCGCACGACAAGGUGGCCAAGGAGAAGGAGAUCCUGGCCUCCUCCGUCAUGUACGGCCGCCCGCGAUCGGCGCGGUAGCGGCAGUGGCACUGGGGCGUGGCGUGGUGGUGGCGUGGUGCUGUGGUGGCGUGGGUUGGUGUGGUGUGGUGUGAUGCUGUGGCGGUGCUGGUGAUGUGUCGCGGUUUUCUGGUGUCAUUGUGGCAUUUCCGGAGGGAACGGAAUCGAGGGGUGGGGAGGCGUGGUGGAAAGCGGUGAAUAGGAUGCCAACUGUCAAGUGCGUGGGAUCACUGACGCGGCAGUGUUGGACUGGAUGGGAGGCUUGUGAUAUUUGCGUUUGAUGUGUGUGACUUACCUGGCCAGGUUCGGCCACGCGGCGGGAUGCGAGCCCCACGCGCAGGAGUCAGGCUGAGCUGUACGGUAGUGCGGCAGGUUGCGGAUGGCUGGAUGCUGCCGCCGCAUGUCAUUCCCAGGCAGGGUUGCCUAGUACGCGGCCCUCUCUCCAUAAUACGCGUAUUAAUACAGCGUACUAGGAUUUCUAGUACAGUACGUUAAAAUACGGUGCAUAAUACGCUGGGCCAGGGAAUCCGGGGGGGAGCCGACGCAAACACGGCACGCGUGCCCGCACCAUGUCCGAAUCGGUGUGCAUUGGAUUUGCGCGGCCAUAGUCUUCUAGCGGAAUUUCCUUCAACUUAU